UCAAACUUAGAAGGAAAAUGGAAAUGGAGGCAGUGAGGAGGUACUUGGAGAAAGGAGGAGGUGAAGACGACAAGAACGCAUCGACUAUCGAUGGCAUGCCAACCAGAUUCUUCGAACGCUUUAUCAUGGAUGGUCUCAAAAUCGAUCUCAUCGAACCUGGUCGUCUUGUCUGCUCCUUCAAAGUCCCUCAACGUCUGCUGAAUGCUGGUAAUUUUUUGCACGGUGGGGUCACAGCUACACUGGUGGACUUGGUAGGGUCAGCUGUAAUAUUCACUGUUGGAGCUCCAUCAACUGGAGUUUCAGUAGAUAUCAACGUCUCCUACUUGGAUGCUGCCUAUGCCAAUGAUGAAGUUGAAAUCGAGGCCAAGACUUUACGCGUUGGAAAGGCUGUUGGAGUUGUCUCGGUUGAGUUAAGGAACAAGAAGACUAAAAAGAUUAUUGCACAGGGACGUCAUACCAAGUACCUUCAAGUUGCAAGUAGAUUGUGAACAAUUGUAUUUACCCAAAUGGUUAGAAUUUCAAUACAUCGGCAUUCGUUGGAGAAGGUAAUGAUGUUUUUCUUCUCAGAUGAAACUGAACAGUGUAUUUAUCAGAUGUUUGAGAACAUUUUACGGUUUGUAUCCUAAUGUUUAUGUUUAUAAGACACUGAAGUCUGAAGCUACCAUUUCAUAGGAACAGGAAAACUUUAAGCGGAGAAAUGAUAAACAAUUAUGCAGUUUGCUUUUUUCAAUAUAUGAAAAUUUCCGAACCAUUCUGUUAUUAGGAGGAA